CGGAAGCAUAAUUUUUAACUUCUGGGGUUGCGAAUGAACGUGAAUCUUUGCGCCCCAAUUUAUUGUACAAAUAAAGUAGUGAUUAAUUGUUGUGCGACGCCUGUACAAACACUGGUCCACAAAAUUAAAUAUUCAAUUGCUAAAGCAGGUCGUAAACCGAACGUCUGUGAAAUAAGUGAUGAUUGCUGUCAACAUUUUUUUUUACAGUGACUGAUUGUCAACAGGCUUGUGUUUUAUGUUUGACCUAUUUUGGGGGAAGCAGCAUGCAUGACUGGCGAGCCGCGCUAUAUCUCAGGAAGUGUAACUGCACGAAGUGCGCAUGCCCAGCAGCUUGUAGGGAUGUAUUCGACUUCGUAAAAACGUAGGCUACUCUGGGAGGAUGGCACAAACCGAGGUGACAACGGUCUCUAUGGGGGACCUAGUGGUGGUGAAGGCUACUGAUGAAGAGAAUGGUGAUGAUGAGGACAGCAACGCACAGGUCAUCCUCCAGCUACAACCAAUCACAGCAGGUAUGGAUGAGUCAGGAGAGACAGACACAGCUGUGGAGGCACACCCAGAAGAAGCCACAGUUGAUGGGGAGGAGGUAGAGCUGGGUUAUCCCAUCACAUGUGGAGAGUGUAAAGCUGUGCUGCUGGUCAAGAGGUUUGUCUGUCCUGGAAUAAACGUCAAAUGUGUCAAGUAUGAAGACCAACUGAUCAGUCCCAAGCAGUUUGUCCACAUGUCUGGGAAGGCUACACUGAAGGACUGGAAAAGAGCUAUCCGGAUGGGAGGGGUCAUGCUCAGGAAGAUGAUGGACUCGGGUCAGCUAGACUUUUAUGAACACAGCACUCUGUGCACCAACACGUGUCGUAGCACCAAGUUUGACCUGCUGAUCAACAACACACGCUUCCCCCCUGACGGCAGCGGACUCACCACGCCCAUCUCCUCACAAGCCCAGGUGGUGAUAGGUAAUGGUGGCCAGGUUGCCAUGACAACAGAGGAGAGGUCAGAUGUUCUGACUGGAACAAUGGAGUGGAGUUCAGGGGCUGUAGCCAUGGAGACAGAGAAGAAGGAAACCAGUGAGAUAUCAGAAGAGACAUUGAACUUCUGGAAAGGCAUAGCUGAUGUGGGCCUGAUGGGGGAGGUGGUAGACAACAUCAGGACAGAGCUGUUGGAGAUGCUGAGAGGAGUGCAGCUACGCAGCGAGCAGGCUGCCCUGCAGGACGCGGAUUCCUGUCUGGUAGAGGUGGCAGUGUUGAGUAACCUGGCCCAGGUGUUUGGCCUGCUGGACUCAGUCAAACACAUCCUGAAUGUAAGGAGAGAACAGACUGACCCUGGAGAGGAGCAGGUCAUUAGCACACUGACCAACCUGGAGCUGCAGCUGGAGGAACAGAGACGACAGCAGCACUUCAGAGCUCAGCUCUGCCACUCCCAGCCCGACAACAACAUCAGUCACACCCCAGGAGGCAAACCCACCAAGCCCAAGACCAAACGACCUCGCUUGCAACGGCCAGCCUCCACCACCCUCCUCACCUCUUCCCUCUCCCAGCCCCAGACAGCCACCCUGCAGCCCCAGCAGUUCACUGUACUUUCCCCCAUUUCAUUCUCUUCCAUGGGCCAGCCCUUCUCCCUGUCUGGCUUGUCUGGCCUGUCAGGCCUCCCCAUGGCCACGCUGGGUCAACAGAACAACACGGUGACCCUACACACCCUACCCGCUGGCACCCAGACCUUCACCCAAUACAUCACCACCAUGGUUGGGGCCGACGGCAAGACAGAGACCUUGACCCUCCAACCAUCCCAAGGUCUGACGCUGGUGGGCACCACCCUCCAGGACCCAAGUCAGCUGGGAGGAACCAUGAUGAGUCCCUUGGAGCUGGUCCAACUCACCCAGGGAGGGGUGACCGUCAGUGGGGAGAUGAUGGUUGAGCAGCCCAUGGGCCAAGUUGUGGAGAGUGGGCCAAUGGUACUCCACCAGGAAGGGAUGAUACAGGAGGGAUUGGUGGAGGGAGUAGAGGACAAGAGCCAGGCACAAACGACAGUGACCGAGAUUGACCCUGCCCCGGUUGACCAGACCAUGGGGGCGGUGAUGGAGCUACAGCUGGCCCAAGAAGGAAAGGCUGAGGUUGGGGAGGAGGGUUCCGCCAUGGUCGUCCAUGGUGGGAUGGAUGCGACCAUUGUCUCGGAGGAGGGGAAGGGAGGGGAGGGAAUGGUGGUUCAGGGGGAGGUUCUCGAAGCUGGGCAGCAGAGCCAGGUAGAAGGGUUAGAGCUGGAUGCUAACGGGCAGAUCUCAUGCCUAAGGAUAAUGGUGAUCGAGGAGGAGACUCGGGAAGAGGACCAGGCCAAAUGACCCAGCUCUGCUCUGCAGACAGAGACAAUACCCUCUCCUCUCCAUGUUGCAAUGUGAGACAGUAGGGAUGGACUAGCCUGGUUCCAGAUAUGUUUGUGCUGUCUUGCCCAACUCUCUGUGACAAUGAUCAUAAGAGCUGGAAAAACAGCACAAACAGAGGGUGGACUCAUUGACAGAACAUAAAAGAGCAUGCAGGCAGACUUGUGGUGUGAGUAAGUGUUUGGAGUAUGCUAUUUACACAGAGAGAUGCCAAAGACCUUGCCUUCUUAGAGAAGCUGUGGUCCUUAGCAACUAGGCCAGGGUGUCCAUUAUUUUCAUUGUUGUUUCGGUCAUUUUUAUCAAAACGACAACACAGCCAGGCACGGUAUCUUAUGUUUGUUUUGUAACGUGUGUUACCCUUUUGGGGGGGAUGUGUGUGUGUGUG